CGUUAUAACACCUAACUAUGCCCCCACGGGGUUACAAAUACAUUUCUACAUUACAUAUGAAUACGGGCUCCGUUAGUAAAAUAUUUUUCGUACCUCAUAGAUUCCUUUCCCCAAAACAAAAAAGUUAAUUAAAUAGAAAAAAAAAUCUUAAUAAAAUGGUUGUUAAUGCUUCUUAAAUGAAAAAAUGGGAUUUGUCUGCACUCAUUUGAGCAGAGCUUCCAAGUUCUCAAAUUCUAGGGUUUUACUAUUAUCAGAGAGUGAGAGAGGUUCAACAAUGUCGGACUAUCUCCCUGAAGAAGUCCUGACCGAUAUCUUCACAAGACUGCCGAUCAAGACUCUUCUGCAAAUCAGGUGCGCUUGCAAAUCAUGGUACGCUCUAAUCACUAGCCCUAAUUUCAUCCAACACGUCAAUCGAACCCUUGCACACAACACCCCUCCAUUACUGCUCCUUAGGUACUGCAUUGACAACAAAGAGCACUACACAGUACACUGCGACGACGAAACAUUUGUCCAGUGUAGGCCACUUGACUCCGCUUUUGAUCACUCCCCAAUCUCUUACUUCAGAAUACUGGGUUCAUGUAAUGGGUUAAUUUGCCUGUACGACAGUGAUGGUCCUACAGAGAUUAUCAUUCUGUGGAACCCCGCCAUUGACAAGUCCGUCACACUUCGUAUUGAAUCAAACUCCAAAGGGUGUGCUUUUGGGUUUGGGUUCGAUUCUCGGACUAAUGACUACAAGGUUGUGAGACUUGUUUAUGUUCAUGACUCGUCGUUUGAUUAUUCAGUUCGGCCCGAGGUUGAUGUUUAUGAGCUUAGUACAGGUAUCUGGAGAAGAUGGAGAAGAGGCAUUGGUUCUGCUCCUCCUCCUCCGUGUCACAUCAUUCUGUGUCAAUGGUCACAUGUUUUUGUGAAUGGGGCUUCACAUUGGAUUGCUUUGAACGGCAGCGUUGGGUUGUGGAACAAAAUUUGGUACUUGAUUUUGUCAUUUGAUAUGGGUACUGAGGUAUUUACGGAGAUGAUGCUUCCCAGCGGCAUUGCUAAUGGCUGUGAGCUGAAGGUGUCCAUUGCACUUUUUGGGGAAUCUCUUUCUCUGUUCUGUUAUGAUGAUGGUUUUAGUAGCACAAGUAUUCAUUGUUGCAUAUGGGUGAUGAAAGAAUAUGGCGUGGCAAGUUCUUGGACCAAAUUGUGCACUGUUGAUAUAGGAGGAAUAUGCCAGGUUUUAGGAUUUAGGAAAACGGGCGAAGUUUUAGUGGAAAAGCGUAAUGGAAGGCUGGUUUCAUAUGAUCCCGAGACCAAAGAAGUGGUGGAUACCGGAAUCCGUGGGCAUCGAUCUUCGUUUCAUUUGUAUACUUACGUGGAAAGCAUGGUUUUACUUGGGAGGAAAAAAUGAAGUGGAAGACCUAAUGGGCCAAGCAUAUAAUGUAAAUAGUAAUGCCCUAACUGAAAAGGUUGGAGAGGGAGCAUCGAGGAGCAUCAAUUAAGAAGCUAAAGCAAGCAAAGAAGAAUAGGAAGGCUGGCAAUGUGAAUGUAAUGUACUUUGCAAUAUCUGCACCUUUUGUCUUAAUUUCUGUAUUAUCCUUAGAUCCAUGAGAUUGACCUUGCUAUAAACUUAAAAAAACUUGACUUUUCAUCGGAGUAUCGUUUAUCUAGCAAAAUUUGUUGCCAUUGUUAAGCAUGUAAGGGUGUGUUUGUGUAUGUAUUAGAAGGCUUUUUAUAUGUAGAAGAGGAAAAAGAAGAUGAUGAAAUGGGGCGGGUCUUAGAAAUCAUACCAGGUUUUUAUUUUAUUUUAUAUAUAUAUAUAUAUAUAUAUGUUUUGUUUCCUUUUUUAUUAAAAAAAAAAAUGGCACAAUGUUAUUGGAAGGCCAUACUAUAAUGUAUAACUUAUCCAAGACAACAUAAUUUGUUAGUGACUGCAAACUAAUGCUAUGGCCUAACUUGUAAACUUCACCUUUUUUUUUUGUCUUGUGAAGGGUUAAUUGCAAGAAUAUGAUGAUUCAUAAGUGUAUUUUUUUUUGGUAAUUAUCUUUGUUAUUAUUGUUAUUGUUGUUAUGCAAUGAAAUUUAUUUGAUGCAAUAGUUAUAAAAUAUGGUGUUUGUAUUCACUUUAACUAAAAAAAAAUGGUGUUUGUAUUCAGACAAAGCCUAUAAAAGAGUUAACAAGUAUGUGAAGAAGAUUGUGACAAAGUAAGCAGAAUGGAAAGAGAAGGAUAAGAUAUAAUUGCAUGUGCUUAGGUUUUUUUUUUUUUUUUUUUUUUUUUGAUAUGUGAGUAAAAAUUUAAAUCUAAUUAAGAAAAUUCUGGACAGUCUUUCCAACAGCACCAAGCAUAGCAGUUUUGACACUUAAAACAUACGACGAGUCUAUAUGUUUUGUACAGCAUAAAGGACCCUGAUCACUUCACAGUUCACACAGGUUAUCAGAAUUCUUGCACAUGAUGUCAUCUUAUCGUCAUCUAUUUUAUUUUUCUUUCACUAUGCAAAUUACAUACCCACACAUUUGUUUUAGGAACUCAAAAUUAGAAAAGACAGAAUAUGUAUACCACUUGAGCAAAGCUGUUCGAUAUAUAUAUGCAGUAUAUACACUUAUUUCAAACACUAUAAAUAAUAUAUAUGUAUACACAUGGUCGCAUACCUACUGAGAAAAUAAUAAAUAAUAUAAACAUGAAACACAUACAGGUUGAGCUUGAGGUUGUGGCCUUCCUCCUCCACCUGCCUUCAAAUUGAUUCUUUUUCCAUGGCAUGUAAGUCUACAAUAACAUCACACACUCCAGCAGCCAUGGCUUCCUCCCAUUUCCUCUGCAGUCAACACCUCUACACUCCCCUCAAUAGCAGAAACGAACACAAAUUUUCAAGAAAAUGUCUAUGUUCUUCAUAUAAGCCACAUGGUUCAUGUUCUUUUGAAAAAAAAAAAAAAACUCAAUUUCGAAGUACCCAAUUGAUCAAAGGCAUGGCUUCUGAUCCACAAACUGGCAGAAAACAAUUAGAGGUACAUUUAUUCCUUCUGUUAUUAUUGUUAGUGAAUCAAAAAAUUUGGGUUUUUAUUUUUAUUUUUUAUUACUAUUUUUGUUUUUUGUUGGUGGGGCUAUUAGAUAGUGUAUGACCUAGAUGAAAGACUGAAUAAAUUAGCUGAUGAAGGGGAUAAGAAUGCUGGACUUUCAGGACUCACUCUGUUUUCACCUUGCAAGGUAAGCAGAUCAGUCUUUUGCUUUUGGGUAUUGAAAUUGAUGAACCUUUUUUUUUUUUGGUUGGGUUUUUAUUUUUAUUCUAAGUGGUGCAGAUUAAUUUUUUUUUUAAUGAAUAACCAGCAAGAGGGAAGAUGGGUUUCUUGAUUUGGCAUCUUUCUUUCAUGUAAUAAGUUUGGGAGACAAAAUUAGAUUCUCUUUGGCCUCAUCAAAACCUAAGGAUCGAUUGUCAACCAAUGUGCCUGGAGUUCCCCUUGAUGACCGAAAUUUGGUAAAGGCACAAGCUCCUCUGUUCCUUUAUUUGUCUUAUAUGUUUUAUUUUCUUUAUCGUGCGAGGCUCGUGGUUUUGCAACCUCUGCAGAUAAUCAAAUCCCUUAAUCUUUACAGGAAAAAGACUGGAAGUGAAACUAAUUUUGGGUAAAACCUAGAACAAUUGUGAUGAAUUUAUGAAUUUGGUAGUGUAAUUGAGAUGAAUAUUGUAUAUUGAACCUUACUGUUUAUUCACGUUUUAAAUCCAUGGCAGAUUCAUCUUGAUAAACAGGUACCUACGGGGGCUGGGCUUGGUGGUGGAAGCAAUAACGCUACAACGCUCUAUGGGCCACAAAUCAAUUCUGUGGUUGUCUUGCCACUGAAAGGAACUCCAAGAGUGGUCAAGCGAGAUUAGUUCAGAUUUUCCUUUCUUCUUCUCUCAUGGAGCAUCCUAUUGUGCGGUUGAGAAGCCAGCUUUAUCACCCUUGGCAUAAAAUCUGUGGUACGGAGAACCUGUUUCGACAAGUUCUUAUAGCUCUCCUGUUGAUCGUUCCAAAAAGGGAAAUGGGAAGGAGUUGUGGAUGUGUGACUUCCAUUCAUGUAAUAUAUUUUCAUUUAUCAACAAUGUCAACGGUAAAAAUGUCGGAUUUUCAUCCUGUUUGGAGUGCUGACGAUAAACAAGACUACUCAGUGCAAACAAAGAAUGCUUCCAGAUCAUGUAGUGUUUGACCCCAAUGAGUUUAUAGCCUUUGCAUAUCUUCUUUUUCUGGAAUUUAAAAGAUUUUGUUCCAGUUUGAGAUCUGAUCCAUGUCCUAUGAACUUAGAAGAUGGAGAACCAAUCCUGUUCUUGGGCGUACAUUCCUCUAUUAGGAUUGGUUUGGAAGGUUUUAUACCCUCUUUAUAUAUAUAUACAUACAAAUUUUGUGAUAAUAUUUUCAGGUUGAAAUGCCUUGUAUGAUUUUUUUUUUUUCAUUUUUACUACAGCUUCUAUGAUGAAGCAAUUGCUUGACAGUCUUUCCAACGGCAGAAAUCAUAGCAGUUUUGAGACUUCUGCAAUAAAUAAAGUUGCUUUGUAGACCUCACCAUCAACUAAAAUAUAAAUUACAAAUUUGGUGGAUAUUUGUUGAGAUGAAUAUGAAAAGC